UCACCAGCUGUCAUGGCUGCUCCCUUGAGGUUGAAGUCCAUGCUGGCCCUGGUGACAGGGGGAGGCAGUGGGAUAGGACGUGCUGUCUCUAAAAGGUUUUCCCUGGAAGGAGCUUCAGUGGCUGUAGUUGACUUGAACGCUUCAUCCGCAAAUGAAACACUUCAAACCUUGUCGAAAGAUCUCCCUGGACAGCAGCACGCAGUAUUUACUGCUGAUGUUUCAAAAUCACAGAGUGUCAGUGAUCUAAUGGAACAGAUUCAGUCCCAUUUCUCUGCUUCACCGCAUAUCGCUGUCUGCAGCGCUGGAAUCACAGCCGAUGAGUUUCUCUUGCGCCUGUCGGAGGAAUCCUUUGAUUCAGUGUUGAAUGUUAACCUCAAGGGCCCGUUUCUUAUAACACAAGCUGUGGCUCGGGGCCUUGUGGCCAGCGGACAAAAUAAAGGAUCAAUUAUCAAUAUUGGGAGUAUUAUCGGGAAGGUGGGCAAUCUAGGGCAAUCUAACUACGCCGCCUCUAAAGCUGGAGUAGAGGGUUUUACAAAGACUGCAGCCAAGGAACUCGCAAGGUACGGGAUCCGAUGUAACACCGUACUGCCGGGAUUCAUCUCUACCCCCAUGACCGACAAAGUCCCCCAGAAAGUGCUGGACAAGUUUGCAGGAAUGAUCCCUUUGGGCCGACUUGGUCAUCCUGACGAUGUUGCUGACGUCUGUGCUUUCUUGGCAUCAGAUGAUAGUAAAUACAUUACUGGAGCUAGCAUUGAAGUUACUGGUGGUCUCUUUCUAUAGCAUUGGAUGGCACGGUUUAACAUCUGGGCAUUCAUAUUUUUUUUUAAAAUUACCAUUUGAUUGUCUCCUGAAAUGAAAGACUUAAUUAUUGCAAAAACACAAUGAUUCUAAUAAACACAUUGCCGGAGAGAUCUGCCCUUUCCAAUAUGUUGCUAACCUGGCAACGUAAGUGACAAGCCAUAGUGUUAAUAGACUAUUCAUCGUUAAAGGGAAAUGUUGAUAAGGUCUAAUUAUAUUUUUAAUUAAAAAAAUGAAUAUUUCAGACUGUAUUACAGACUUUAUGUGUCUAUGCUGAAUAAACCUACUUUUUCUUGA